ACACUUUGCUUCAACUUUGCUAUUUAUUUACAGACUGCAACACAUUUCUUUGUCCAGUCUCAUUAUAUGGAACUGCAUUGCAUUCUCAAAUGAAAGUGAUAAUAAGAUGAUGGAAGAUGUUUCUAAUGUCUCAGUGUUCACACUCUCAGGAUUAAAUGAGACAACUGAAAACAGAUACAUCAUUUUUGCCUGGACAACACUGUGGUAUCUUCUUAUUUUACUGUGUAACUUCACAGUCAUUUUUGCUAUUGCUCUGGACAGGGGGCUUCACGAGCCUAUGUACUUGUUUUUGUGUAAUCUGUGUGUAAAUGCACUGUAUGGCACUGCUGCGUUCUACCCUAAAUUCCUGUAUGACCUUCUCUCACCCUUACAUGUGAUUUCAUAUGUGGGCUGUAUGAUUCAGAUAUUUGUCAUUUAUACAUCUGUUAUGUGUGAUUUGUCAACUUUAACAAUAAUGGCAUAUGACAGGUAUGUGGCAAUAUGUAAACCAUUAGAGUAUCACUCAAGAAUGACCAAUCAGAAAGUUAUGAAGUGCAUCCUGUUUUGUUGGACUGCACCUUUCUUUUGUAUGGCUGUUGUUGUCUUUUUGACCACAAGACUCACCCUAUGUGGCUCAAACAUUGGGAAGCUUUAUUGUGAGACCUGGGCCGUCGCUAAACUGGCCUGUUCCUCUACAACAGUGAACAACGUGGUUGGACAGAUAAUAAUUGUAAUAUAUUUUGGACAUGCAGUGAUGAUUGUUUCCUCCUAUGUUAAAUUGAUUAAGACGUGCAGGAUCUCGAAAGAGGGCAGGCAUAAAUUCAUGCAGACCUGUUUGCCACAUCUGAUUGCACUGUUUAAUGUUGCUGUUGCAUUGCUGUUUGAUGUGUUUUACAGUAGAUACGGUUCAGCCUCUUUACCACAAAGUCUACGGAAUUUCUUAGCACUGGAUUUCCUGUUCAUACCACCGAUUCUAAACCCCCUCAUAUAUGGACUACAGCUAACCAGAAUACGGAGAUACGUUUUAGGGCUGUGUUUCAAAAACAAUGUAGGCUUAACCUAAAAUGUGAUUAAAUUACUGUAUAUAUAUAUUGUACACAAAAUGUCUAAUAAACUGCUUAGUGACACAUGUGUAACUCUAGUGUAACUGUGAAAGCUCUGUAUUUGAUGUAG